CCUCCCAACGGUCACAAAAUUCAAAAAUUUCCUGAUAUUAGCCCCCCUCCAUUUCGGCUUCCUCUCUCACUCUGAAACCCAAACCCCAUUUCCCUGCGGCCCUUUCACUCUUCUUCUUCCAACUUCAUUCUCAGAAUUCCACAAUGCUGCAGGACAUGUGGAACGCUCCUCCGGGCUUCAGGCCUUCCAAAUCCGCCCCUUCUUCUCCGGCGAAGCCUCUCGGCAUCUCCCGGCUCCGAUCCGAGUCAUUCCAUGUCACUCACAAGGUUCCUGUCGGGGAUACGCCCUACGUUAGGGCAAAGAAUGUUCAGUUGGUGGAUAAGGAUCCGGAUAAGGCGAUUCCUCUCUUUUGGGCUGCCAUUAAUGCAGGGGACAGAGUUGAUAGUGCCUUGAAAGAUAUGGCGAUUGUUAUGAAACAGCAGAAUCGAGCCGAAGAAGCAAUCGAAGCAAUUAAAUCGUUGCGGAGUCGGUGUUCCGAUCAGGCUCAGGAGUCUCUGGAUAAUAUUCUUCUGGAUCUAUACAAGAGAUGUGGAAGGUUGGAUGAUCAGAUAGCUCUAUUGAAGCAUAAACUAUUGUUGAUUCAACAAGGAUUAGCGUUCAAUGGGAAGAGAACAAAAACAGCCAGAUCUCAAGGAAAGAAGUUCCAAGUCUCAGUUGAGCAAGAAGCAACUAGAUUACUGGGUAAUUUGGGAUGGGCAUUGAUGCAGCACAACAACUACGUUGAAGCAGAAGAUGCUUACAGGAAAGCACUCUCAAUAGCACCGGAUAAUAACAAAAUGUGCAACCUGGGAAUCUGCUUGAUGAAACAAGGAAGAAUAUCAGAGGCUAAAGAGAAUCUACGAAGAGUAAAGCCAGCAGUGGCAGAUGGGCCAAGAGGAACGGAUUCCCAUCUCAAAGCUUAUGAAAGAGCACAACAGAUGCUCCAAGAUCUUUCGUCUGAGAUGAUGAAUAGGGGCGGUGACAGGCUCGAACAGAGGCGGCUUUUCGAUGCGUUCCUCGGUUCUUCGUCGAUUUGGCAGCCUCAGCCUUGCAAGGAUCAAGCAACAACAGCCUUGCCAGUCACAAAUCCUAGUAGGGUUGUUAUUCAAGAUGAUUUUGGUGAUGAGAACAUUGAUAUGAACUUGUUAGCAAACGCCCAGAUGGUGCCUCCUCCUCCUCCUCCUCACCAACAAUCACAGCAGAAAUUUAUCAAACAAGUUCAAAUUCCUUUAGGGAAUUCAUUGAAUAUUGCAGCCCAACCAUUCUUCUCAUCAAAAUUUGUUAGUGAACCAUCCAUUACCAAAGUUCCUCCCAUAGGAAACAACCAAUUUCCUGAAGGUCUGAAGAGAACAAGGUCUGGAAAUGCAGCCAGUUCAAUGAGAGUGAGUGACAUAGUGGAAAUAAAAAGGCCAUUUGUAGCUGAAACUAAGACAAGGCCAUGUCCUCCUACUUCCGAGGAGACAGACAAACUGACAGCAAUGUUGCCUGAUGACAGUGACUUUGAAGAGGCUAUUCUUGCUGCAGUUCUGGGCACAACCAAUGAACCAGAGAAGAGAGCGGCAACCAAUGCCAGAGACGGCACCGCCGGCGGCGGCGGCGGCAUAAUUCAGAGGAAAAUUGAGAAGAGGCUUAAGGUUUUUCAAGACAUUACACUUUCCUUGAGUCCCAGAGCGUGAGUGUGGUCUAAUUAUUAACAAUAAGUUGUUAUGUUUCUAGUUGAAUUUCUAAUUUUAUUAAUAGAGUUAGUGUGUAUGGGGCAGAGGAGAUGAACUUGUUCUCCUUUGGGGCUUUCUUUUAGCAAAUAGUCUGCAUAAGCUUAUUUGUUUCUCUAUUUUAUUCCCACAUGUAUAUGGCCUCUAAUAUGGUGGGGCUGCCAUAUG